UUUAAUUCCCAUCUUCAAUUUCUUCUCACCCACCAAUCCUAGCUAUCUCCAAAUUCAUCAACACAAUAUUAUAUUUGAAAAUCAGAAUCAAAACUUGCCCUUAAUGAUCCCUACAAACUUCCCACUGUAAGAGGGCUUCGGAUUUUGACCCACUCUGUUUCAGUGAUUGUUGAACUAUAAAAGGGAAGAAAUUAGUUAUUAGGGCUUAAAGAGGGGGGGAGAGAGCCAAAGCCAAAGCCAUUAUUGCUUUAUCAUAGUUGCGUCGUCUGCUGCAAACUCCGAUCGAUCUGGGAAAUGGAGAUAGAGGUUGCCGGCGGCGGUGGCGGAGGAGGAGGAGCAAAUGAAAGCAGCUCCGACGGAGAUCUGGAGACAGGGCGGCCGAGAAAUGGCGGCGGCGGAGCGGCCUACUUGGUUUGGGAGGACUUGACGGUGGUACUGCCCAACUUCGGUCAGGGCCCGACCCGGAAGCUGCUCCAUGGGUUGAAUGGGUAUGCCGAGCCGGGUCGGGUAUUGGCCAUUAUGGGCCCUUCUGGUUCUGGCAAAUCCACUCUUCUUGAUGCCUUGGCAGGUAGAUUGUCGAGAAACAUUGUCAUGUCCGGAAACAUUCUUCUCAACGGGAAGAAGCGGCGGCUAGACUAUGGCGUCGUUGCAUAUGUCACGCAAGAGGACGUGCUAUUGGGGACACUCACCGUUCGAGAGGCUAUAACAUACUCUGCUCAUUUGAGGCUGCCGUCAUCGAUGGCUAAGGAAGAAGUGAAAGGAAUUGUGGAGGGAACAAUCACGGAAAUGGGGCUUCAAGACUGCGCCGAUCACCAGAUCGGGAAUUGGCAGAUGAGAGGCAUAAGUGGCGGGGAGAAGAAACGGUUAAGCAUAGCUCUCGAGAUUCUCAUUAGGCCUCAGCUGCUGUUUCUCGACGAACCUACGAGUGGCCUCGACAGUGCAGCCGCCUUUUUCGUGAUCCAAUCGAUUAAGAAUCUUGCUCGGGACGGAAGAACUGUCGUCUCCUCGAUCCAUCAGCCUAGCAGCGAAGUCUUCGCGCUCUUUGAUGAUCUUUAUCUACUGUCGGGAGGCGAAACUGUUUACUUCGGUCAAGCUAAAAUGGCAACGAAGUUUUUCGCUGAGGCCGGAUUCCCCUGUCCGAGCAGGAGAAAUCCUUCGGAUCAUUUUCUGCGCUGCGUUAACUCGGACUUCGACGUCGUGACAGCCACGCUGAGAGGCUCACAAAGACUCCGUGCAACGGAAAGAUCGAGAGAUCCUCUGAUGAACUUGGCUACAGAGGAUAUCAAGUCAAUUCUUGUCGAGAAGUAUAAGGGAUCGAUGUAUGCGCGAAAUGUGCGAUCAAGGAUGCAAGAGAUCUCCAUUGUCCGAGGGUUGGAGAUCGAAUCGAUCAAAGGAAGCCACGCCAGUUGGCAGAAGCAGCUUUUGACAUUGACGGAAAGAUCGUUCUUGAAUAUGUGUCGAGACGUCGGGUACUACUGGUCCCGAAUAGUCAUUUAUAUCAUCGUCGCCAUCUGCGUCGGAACGCUAUUCUACGACGUCGGCACCAGCUAUACUGCGAUUUUGGCGAGAGGAGCUUGCGGCGGGUUCGUAACGGGUUUCAUGACAUUCAUGUCGAUCGGAGGAUUUCCAUCGUUCAUCGAAGAAAUGAAGGUCUUUUACAAAGAAAGGCUCAACGGCUAUUACGGCGUCGCGGUGUUCAUACUGUCGAACUUCCUCUCUUCCUUCCCGUUCUUGGUCGCCGUCUCUGUAAUGACCGGGACAAUCACAUUCUACAUGGUAAAGUUCCGGUCAGGAUUCUCGCAUUACAUCUUCUUUUGCCUCAAUAUCUUCGGAUGCAUUGCAAUGGUCGAGAGCGUUAUGAUGAUCGUAGCUUCGCUAGUACCGAAUUUCUUGAUGGGAAUCAUCGCCGGCGCCGGUGUUCUUGGAAUCAUGAUGAUGACGGCUGGAUUCUUUCGGUUGCUCCCCGAUCUUCCCAAACCGUUUUGGCGAUACCCGAUUUCAUUCAUCGGAUACGGCGCGUGGUCGUUGCAGGGAGGAUACAAGAAUGACUUGCUUGGACUCGAAUUCGAACCUUUGUUCGGUGGUAACGAAAAAAUAAGUGGCGAGUAUGUCUUAACGAGGAUGUUUGGGAUAUCGUUGGAUCAUUCGAAAUGGUGGGAUUUAUUCGCCGUAUACGUUCUUAUAAUAGCUUACAGAUUCGUGUUCUUCCUCGUUCUCAAGUUAAAGGAGAGGAUCACUCCGUAUUUUCACUCGUUUUUCGCCAAGCAAACUCUUUAUCGCCUUAAAAGGCGCCCUUCGUUCCGAAAGUCACCCCAUCCUUCCAAGAGGCACCAUAAUGUUCGGUCUCUCUCGUCGCAAGAGGGUCUUAACUCUCCGCUCCCUUAGGAACUUUAGGACUAUACGUUAUAUGCGAUAUAUAUAUAUACCCUGUUCUAGUACAUUAUGUCUUAACACGACUAAUAUAUGAAUCGAUACCAGAAGGAAAGAAAAAGAGAAAGAAUCUUGUUGUGGUAUGUUCAUAGGCAGAUGAAAAUGUGUAAUCGAUUCGAUGCAUGUAUGACUGAAGAAGGGGAUGGUUCUCUUUCUUCGGAAUCUGUGGUCCUUCGUUUUCGUAUAGCUUCUCUUCUCGUAUAUUCUUUGAUUGAUAGAAAUAAUACGUCUUGUUUUAGUAGCUGUCAUGUCGAGCCUUGAAUCCGUAAAAUAUGUGAAUCGCGAAUGCAUGUCCAUUUGUUUCGAGUGAAUUGUCCUAAAAAAGUUUGAUUUCGAAUGCUAUAAGAUCGACCGUUGUUAUUAAA